AAGUAAGAAUGCUUGUCUGAUCGAGCGAGCCGGUCGGGCUGAACGAGUCGAGUGAGCGAGGCAAGUAGGUUAAAUUAGUUAGAUUGAGUUAGUGAACCGAUUGAAAACCGGCCGGUUCAACUGACUCGCCCACGGUGUUAAAGGAGGGAAGCAGAGUUGCUCAAGGACCUUCACUGCCGACGACCGACCGACCUCUUUCCAGCUUCUCAUGGCGACCAACGUGGUCUUUUCCUCCUCCUCCUCUGCCUCCCUCGCUCUUCUGCUCCCGCUCCUCCUCCUGUACUCGUUCUCUCUGAUCCUCCCCGGCGGCUCCGACUCCGCGAGCGACUUCGCGGAGUGCGGCAGCGCCCUGGUGGGAUUGCAGACGUGCAUCAGCUACGUGCAGGGGGCGGCCGCGGCGCCGACGCCCGACUGCUGCGGCGGCCUCAAGGACGUGCUGGCGCAGAGCCCCCGGUGCCUGUGCGUCCUCAUCAAGGACCGCGACGACCCCCAAUUACCCGUCAAGAUCAACGUCACCCGCGCCCUCGCCCUGCCCGCCGCCUGCAGCGCCGCCGCCAACGUCUCCAAAUGCCCCAAGCUGCUGAACCUGCCUCCCAACUCCCCGGAGGCGCAGGUGUUCGGGCAGAGCGCCAACAGCACCAUUCAAGCAAAGGGCAACUCCACUGCGAGAACUGGCACUGGGACGGGCAAUUCCCCUCGUCCGACGGCAGAGACCAGCCAAGGAGGGAGAGGGUGGACAGUGGAGAGGGAGGCGGUGGCAGGUUGUCUCCUUUACUUUGUGCUGUUUCUGGUGGCCACUUGAAGUUGCUGCUUAGAUUUUAGAUCUUCUACCGUCAAUUAUUGGAGGCAUGCGUGUGUCAUUGAUUAGUGUGGAUCCAAAAAGGCUUUAUUAUCUUUGUUCCUGCCGAGUGGAGUUAUUGCUUGGCUUUACUUUCCCUUUGCGCAGUGAGCAAUAUGAGUGUGUUGCUAACAAAGUACUUAUUGGUUAUCAUCA